UUCAAGAUUUCUUAGGCUUCUUUGAUUCACUAGAUAAAACUACGAUUCGAUUCAAUAAAUGAAAAUAGUAGAUAGGCGGUAAUUUACUAUUUGUGCCGCCUUUUAUGGUAUGCACGCCUUUUCACCAAUGACAGACACAUAUAUAUACAUAAAGUAUUGGCUAUUGUGUAUAUGUAUGUUGUUGUGUGCGUUUGAAUUUGUGAAGCUUUCCGACCAAUAAUGCGCAAUGGCAAUCCGGUAUAUUCACAACCAUUGACUUUGGUAAUGAUGCUAAAAACUGCAAAUAGAAUUUCAUUGAUGAUAGAAGGCCCUAACAUUCAAUCCUCUCUCCGAUUAGUUGAAUUUAGAUCCGAAUGUUGAAAGUUGUUUUUUUAUCCACGCUCUAAAUACAUGACAUUAACACUCUUUGUGUAAAUUGCCUUUCUUAUUGAUCCGUAAUUUGUCCGUCCAGAUGAAAAAAAAUUGAAUUUUUUUUUUUUUGUUUUUAAGGGUCCUAUUUAUGUGCAAAAUUAUAUUUGACCAUAAUCAUCAUCAUCAUCAUCCUCAUUGAACUCUAUUUGCCUGUGUGUGUGUGUGUGUGUGUAUUUGUUCAUGUUUUUAAAUUAACACUUUUUGAUUAAAAACAAACGAAGAAAUUCAAUAUCCGUUAUAUCAAAAUAUAAAAAAACGAUGCUUGUACCACCCGACGCUCAGCUUGGCACCAGCAAGCUACUUUAUCAUAUCAAUAAAUUCUGCAAUGAUCGUGUCGUAUACAGACGUAACCAGAUAGCAAAAACUAUUCGUGAGAUAACAAAAAUUGUACAGGAUAUAUUAAAAGAAGUGGAAGUACAAGAACCACGAUUCAUAUCGAGUCUAAAUGAAUGUAAUGGUCAUUAUGAAGGUUUAGAAGUUAUUUCACCCAACGAAUUUGAAGUUGUACUUUAUCUGAAUCAGAUGGGUGUAUUCAAUUUCGUCGAUGAUGGCACACUUCCAGGAUGUGCCGUUCUCAAACUGUCAGAUGGACGUAAACGAUCCAUGUCUCUUUGGGUCGAAUUCAUAACGGCCAGUGGUUAUCUGAGCGCCCGUAAGAUUCGAUCUCGUUUCCAAACACUGGUGGCCCAAGCUUGUGAUAAAAUACCCUAUCGUGAUAUGGUAAAAAUGAUACCAGAUACAAGCGAAGUUAAACUACGUAUACGUGAGCGUUAUAUUGUCCAGAUUACGCCAGCAUUUCGUUGCAGUGGAUUAUGGCCACGAUCAGCAUCACAUUGGCCAGUGCCUACAUCAUCAUGGCCACCACCGAAUCUGGUGGCCGACGUUAAAGCUGAAGGUUUCGAUUUACUAAGCAAAGAAUGUGUCUCACUUCAAGGAAAACAAAGUUCGAUGGAAGGUGAUGCCUGGGUGUUGAGUUUUUUAGAGGCUGAAAAUCGAUUACUACAGAAUGGUUAUCGUAAGAAAUGUCUAUCAAUAUUGAAAACAUUACGUGAUCGUCAUUUGGAUUUGCCUGGAGCGCCUAUCAAUGAAUAUCAUAUGAAAACAUUAUUACUAUAUGAAUGUGAAAAACAUCCACGAGAUAUUGAAUGGGAAGAAGUUUGCCUAGGUGAUCGUAUUAAUGGUAUACUAUUGCAACUAAUUUCAUGUCUACAAUGUCGUCGUUGUCCACAUUAUUUUCUACCUAAUCUUGAUUUGUUUCGUGGGAAAUCACACAGCGCUUUAGAAAAUGCAGCCAGAAUGACAUGGCGUUUAACACGUGAACUACUAACCAAUCCAAAAUCAUUGGACAAAUUGUAGUAAUUUUUUUAUAUAUAUAUUAUUGUUGAUCGGGGGUGGCUGGGACCAACUGUUCUCAUAAAAAAGUGAUGAAUCACUUUUCUCUAUCAUUAUGGAUAAUAAUGAUAAUUCUGGCCCAAUAUUCAUCAGCGUGAUGAUCCAUCAUCAUUGAGUUUAUUCUCAUCAUGAAGAGCAGCUGUUCUAUUUCCAUUAUCUCAUCCCAAAAAAAAAAAUUUUGUAUGUCUGUAUGUAUGUAUGUAUGAACAAGAAUUUCGUUUAGAUUGUUAUUCUUUAGAGAUUUUUUUAUAUGUUUUUGCGUGUAUACAUAUAAUUCAUGAAAAUAAUACACUAAACACAUUGAAUAUUGAUAACACACAAUAUAACACAACUUAAGAAUCGAAUGAAUUUUUUCUUUUCAGAAAGAAGGGCAAAAUACCCUGAAAAUAGGCAAUCAAAACAUUUGAUUCGAAUAUUUGGGCAAUAAUUUGAUUUUUUUAA